GGAUAGCUUAUGAAAACGGAAGGCAAACUUUAUUUGUCUCGCUUUUGAGGACGAAAGAGUGAGCAUGGUAUUUAGAGAGAGGCUCAUCAUACUCGUAGAGACGCGGGUUUGCAGCUCAUUCUUCCAUGCCUUACUUAUAGUGUUGCUGUGUACUUGCGUACAGUCAAAGCAGCACAACAAACGGUAUUUUGAUUCAGCAACAAAAACAACCGGCAUCAUGGCGAUAGGACCGUCGACCCUUCUGAUUACAGAAUGGACACUCAUAUCCUUAUCAACAGUCGUCAUCAUCGCACGAAUCUACCUCCGACUCGCCAUCCAAAAACGAAGGCUCAUCGAUAGCGACAUAUGGAUGAUUGCAGCAUGGUUAGCUGGCAUUGUCGUGGCUUCGUUCUGUGUUACGUAUGUUCACAUGGGUGUCAUGGAGCCGCACGUCGAUGGUACAUUGAAAGACUAUAAUGGAACUCGUGAAGACAAAGAGUUCAUUUUGAGAUUACUUUGGAUUUGUGCUUUGCCUUUCUUCACGGCGUUCUACCUCUGCAAAGCUGCUCUGCUUGCUGUCUACCGACAAGUUAUUCCUGUUCAUAUGCACAAGAGAAGAAUGGUUCUUUGGGCCACUGCUCUAUAUGUUGCCCUUUCUUAUAUUGUAACCAUGGUUCUACCAUUUUGCGUCUGUAUCCCGGUCACUCGAUUUUGGUCAUUGGAACCCGACAACAAAUGUCCGCAUAAUGCUGCAAUGACAUUUUUGAAGACUUCAUGGGCGCUUCACUUUGCUGGCGAUGUAUUCAUCUUUAUUCUUCCCUGGCUUAUCGUACCUGAUCUCAUGAUUAAAGGGUGGCUGCGAGUUGGCGUUUACUUGACCUUUCUUCUUGGCAUCAUCAACAUGGUCAUCAGUAUCGUCCGCUUUCAUGAACUAUUCAUCGUUGGAGCCAAUCGCAAGGUUUCAAUUGUGGAAGCCCACUUUUGGAAUACCUUGGACCUUUAUCUCGGUCUUGUCAUUGCCUGUCUCCCUUCACUGCGACCAUACUUCAACCUCGCUGCGAACUCACGCGCAUUCAGCAGCAUUCGAGGAAAGGGGACCAGCCAAGGCAGUCGCUACACCACCGACUCCAUCCAGAAGCCCGAAGCAGCGAGACUCACGCAAGAUCAAUCAGGUAUCUCACCUGGUCGACCUAUUAGACGUUUAUCACACUCAUCACGAGAGUUUGACUUGGAGUCUUGCGGCGACUCAUCGGAAUCAUACAAUGAUGCCAAGAAUAAGGCUUUUGAGAUUGAGUUGGCUCGAGUCCGUACUCGUGCGAGGGAGGCAUCUGAUGAAUAGUGUCCAAGUAAGCGAUGAAGGACAUAUCAGAGCAGUCUUACGGAUGGACACUGUCUAAUUACCCAGUAUGGCACAUCCUCUUAGCAGGACUAACACUUACAUUCAUUUUGGGAUGGUCUGUUAUACUCUAAUGAACUUAAUAAAAUUCACUAUUUUCAGCUUCACGACUUGCUGAACUAUUACUUAU